GCCCACGGGACCAGCUUUACCCAUUUAUCAUUCAUUCAAAACCUUCGGGCCAAACGGUGUAUUGUGUUUUCUUCGCGUUCACCGGCAGCACGCACGUUGGUCGUCUCUUCAACCGCAUCGGACUCGAUUCAUUUGGCGGCUCGUUCAAGAUGCAAAACAAUUUUGCUUUGUUGUUAUCGACCAGCCUCCUGUUGCUGUUGUCGGCUAACAGAGGGGACAAAUGUUUCGCUCAAGGCGCACCGAUAUCCGAAACUUACGAUAUUCCACAAGGAACAGAGUUUAAAAAUGAAGUUGCGAGGACCAUCGACCAGGAUGUGCAAGAAUUAGAAAAAUUAAAAAUACCUCCAGGCCAGGGCGAGUCGGUGUCGGUGGUCAAGUCGCACGAAUCGUUGUACACAAACAAAAACGGCAAAGAAAAAGCUAUAGCGAAAAUUCAACAACAAGUAAAUAAAAAUGGAGAACUGUUGGCAAAACUAGAACAAAAAGUUUUGUCGCAAAACGACCAAGAAACGGGCGGUCGUCCGGACACCAAAGUCCAAAUGUCCGUCGAUAUACCGAACAAAGGUAUACACAAGCAGACCUCGUAUAAGUCAGACGAAGAACCUCGGAAAUGGGCUACCAAGCGUUUCGGCUACAAGAAAUACUCUGACUACACAACAUCUUUGGACCCGGAAGCGUCCCCCGAGGAAAUGGCCGCAUAUAUUUUCUUCACCAAGGACGACAAGUCAGUCACGCAAGCCAUCGAGAAACUCAUUCAAGACGGAAGGUUGGACCGAGAAGCGGCCUUAGCCUAUUUGGGAUUGAUUGACAAAGAAUUGUUCCGAUUAGACGCCCGGUAUCCGUUGGACUUUAACAGGGACAAUGUUGAAAGACCGAUCGCGUACCACAAAAAUUACGAUUCGACCGACUUCAACGACAUCGUGGACGGGACUUCGGCCGAACUCAAAGAAAUGCAACAGAUACUCAGAGAGAAAUUCGCUAAGCGCGACAAAGUAGUUUACGAAGAAGACGAGGAUUCCAUGCGGCUCGACCGUUUCAGAAAAGUGUUGGAAGACAAAAUGCACCUGACCGAUUCUCAAUACCAACAACUGCUGGAAACGCUGUCGUCGGCCGAUUUCGCGUACGCCCAAAACAUGAUGGACGAGAUUAUCUAUCAGCUGGCCAAAGUCAUGUUCAAUCAAGCCCUCUAUAUAGGUGGAUCGGAAGCACAAGAGUCUUUGCAAAAAUUCACCGACUUUUUGGAGACGGAAGCGAGUCGAGGACGAAUAUCCAGAGUGCUGGAAAAGAAAAUACUGGAACUACUAAUAAUGUCGUUGUCGGAUACGUUGAACGAGCACCCGGAAUUGAUGGAUGCCGCCAAACAAGGAUUCAGUAAAUACUUGGACGCUUACCCGAAUCUCAACGCCAACGAGGUACAAAAGAAGAACGAGCCGAAAGUUCGAAGGAAUACUGCACUGGGCGACGGCAAGGAAAAACCGAAGAAAAACGACACUGGAUCGGUUAAACGAUCAGUCAAGACGUCCGGCAUCGAAGACGGCGAUAACGCGAAAUAUUAAAAAAAAAACCGACAACAUUUCAGAAUAUACAUAAGUGUUUUGGACUUGUUCAACAAGUCUACACGCUUAUAAUAUCAGAAACCGACGAAUUCCUUUAAUCCUCCCCUUACACCGAACCUCCUGUUGAUCCCGAACCUCCUCUUUUUCUCCUUCGCCGUUCCCCAUUUAACGAUAAUAUUACUAUUAUUAUAAACUAUACAAUAUAUUUUUAUGUGCAAGACGAGAUAUUAUAUAUGAUUGGAGCGUGCUAUUGAUUUGUGAUAAUACGAUAUAUACCAUAAAGUUUUUUAAUUAUAAUAUACAUUAUACUAUAUCCUGUACACGAUUUAUUAAAAUAGACGUAUUACUGUUUAGAUAUAACCUAGAAGUUGUAACUUAUGACAUACGGUAGAAACUAUAUCCUUUGAUUCCCUAUAUUGUGUAUAAAAUAUAUUUAGAAUUGGUUUGAAUAUACGUUUAGCACGAUGGAAAUAUGAUGUAAAUUGUUGUUGAACAGUAAAAAAAUAUAUUCUUGGCCUGACCGUGGUAAAUUAUAUAUAACUUCUAGAAGUCAUUUAACUUUUUUUUUUUCGUAAUUGAAUUCAACAACAUACUUUCCUUACAGCGUAAACUGAGCACAAUCACUGAGGUUGCAUAUUAUUGUAUACCUAACUUGAACUAAUAACUAAAAUUUUCACGGAACAAGUAUUAUAUUAAAUUUAUUAUAAUAAUAUACUUAACAUGUUUACAUCUGGUCAAUUUAUUUUGCCCGACUAUUGUAUACUACUUAAGUGUUUCAUGUACUAUAAUAUAUAUCGUGUUAAUGUUGAAUACCCUGUACUUGUGUUUAAACGGAAAUGUGCAAAUCAUUUUUAACUUUUAAUAAAUAAAUAAUAACGAUUUGUACGAUUCUAAUAACAUUCUCUUGUCUUAACUUGAGAUUGCGUUUCUUUGGCAAAUGAAUGUCUAUGAUCACCCGGCCUCAGUCUGAAAGAGUUUGUAACCCAACACUAUUUAUAAAAAGCUAAAAACUUACUUUUUUUUUUUUAAUAUCUAUACACAGUACUAUGUCAAAAUUAUAUGGUGAUUAUUUUCUGUCGAUGACUCUCGUGUAAUCGUUGUAUCUAUUAACCUUUAUUAGAUUUGUAUCUUGUAUUGUUGUACUUACAUAGGAAUAAAAAUAAUAUAAUUUUUUUUUUUUGUUAAAUGACAUUUGAAUAAAAGCUUCAACUAA